AUGUUGGAAAGGGACCGUUUGAAAAGAAAAGCAAUUUUGUCGGAUUUAACUGAAGAUUGGAGCCAGUAUAAACAGUAUAGGAAUAAUGUCAACAUUGCAAUGCGUGAAGCUAAGAAAGUUUACUACAAAAGCAAAUUUGGCAAACAUCAAAACAACCCUAAACAGGCUUGGAGGACGAUUAAUGAUAUCCUUGGGAGAAAAAAGAAGGACACAAUGAUUAACGAAUUAAAGCUAGGAAAUGAUACAAUUACUUCUCCUAUGAGAAUGGCUAAUUGUCUUAAUGACUAUUUUACAAGUAUUGGUGGUAAAAUUGGAGACUCCUGCUCUGAACACACUCAGAAAUUAAAUUUUGGCAGGCAUAUGAGUGAUAAUUUAAAUACUAGUUUGGAAUUUACUUUGCAUCCUGUUAACGAAUCACAGGUUUUUAGGCUACUUAACAAUUUGUCUAUUUCUAAAUCUACUAAUUGUGACAAAAUACCGGCUAAAAUUCUAAAAAAAUCUGCUUCUGUAAUUACACCAUCUUUGACCAAUUUGUUUAACUCUGCUAUUGGGAUGGGAAUUUUCCCCUCUGAAUGGAAAAUUGCUAGAGUUAUCCCGCUUCAUAAGAAGGGUUCACGCUCCGUUUUAGACAAUUAUAGGCCAAUAUCAAUUUUGCCGGUCAUCAGCAAAAUAUUUGAAAAGAUCUUGUAUGAGCAGUUAUACGAAUAUUUUAACCACCAAUAAUUUAUUGUCUGAACAGCAGUUUGGGUUCAGGCGCUUUCAUUCCACGUCCACUGCUUUGCUUGAUUGUACUGAUGAGUGGUAUGUUAAUAUGGAUCGUGGUUUGUAUAAUCUUGCCGUUUUUCUCGAUUUAAAAAAAGCAUUUGACACGGUAAACCACGAUAUUUUACUGGCUAAACUAGAGUUAUAUGGUAUUAGAACACGCCUCUUAUGCUUCUCAAAUCGUACUUAUCAGAUGGAUCUCAGAAAUGUGAAGUAAAUGGGGAACUUUCCACACUAAAAUAUCUAAAAUAUGGCGUUCCUCAGGGUUCAAUUUUGGGUCCACUUCUGUUUUUAAUUUAUAUCAAUGAUUUGCCGAAUUGUUUACAACACUCUACAGCACGCAUGUUCGCCGACGAUACUAACAUUACAGUGUCCGGUAAAUCAGUUAAGGAAGCGGAAGUGGCCGUUAAUGUCGAUCUCAAUAAUAUCAGAGAAUGGCUUCUAUCGAACAGGCUCUCUCUUAACCUUGUCAAAACGGAAUAUCUUUUGAUUGGAUCACGCCACAAUAUUAACACGUUAGAAGAACAACCGCGUGUUUUUAUUGGAGAUGAACCAAUUAAAGGGGUUCAAGUUACAAAAACUCUUGGAGUCAAAAUUGGUCAAUUUUUAACUUGGGACAGCCAUAUUGACCAAGUUUCUAAAAAAAUAUCUUCUGGAAUAAGUGCCAUGAAAAAGAUAAAGGAUUUCACUAAUUCUGAUACUUUGAAGUCGGUCUAUUAUGGUCUUGUCCAACCCCAUUUCGACUACUGUUGUGAAGUUUGGAAUUCCAUUAAUAGAGGCCAGUCUGAACGACUACAAAAACUUCACAACAGAUGUGCUAGAAUUAUAAUGAACUUUAAAGAUGAGCCUGGGCAAUCUCAACUGGCCCUCGAUCAAUUAGGGUGGAUAAGCUUGGAAGAAAGGCGAAAACAUAAUAUGGCCCGUCUCAUGUUUAAGGUUGUCAAUAAUUUGGCACCAUCGAGGUUCUCAUCAAUGUUCCAGAAUUCUAACCAUAUCCACAGUUAUAAUUUACGAGGUUCAAAUUCGUCUCUCUUUCUGCCACGACCAAAUACCGAGUAUGGCAGAAAAUGUUUUCGAUAUAGUGGGGUUAAAAUCUGGAAUAGCAUUCCUGAACAAGUAAGAAACAGCGAAUCUUUAAAUUCUUUCAAUAGAAAUAUUUCCUCUGUUAGUCUGACGAAUUAGCUAUUUGAGUUUUGUAUACCAUUUGUUUUGUAAUAUGUAUUUGUAUUCGUAGUCCUUAAUAUUCUUAGUGAUUUUGUAUUUUAUAUAUUUUUGUAACAUUUAUCUACGCCCCACUUGGAAAGCAGCUAUGGUUGAAGUGGCCAGCGUAGUCAAAUAAAGUUUUAUCAAUCAAUCAAUCAAGUGGGGUACAUUCAGACAUCUUUGGUGGGUUCAAGACGGGGCCCCAGCACAUCGUCUUCGUGCUGUUACUGCUCGCCUAAGAGAGUUAUUUGAUAAUCGAGUCAUCGCGUUGCACCAUGCAGUGGACUGGCCACCUCGAUCGCCUAACCUUACACCUUGCGACUUCUUCCUUUGGGGGUAUUUGAAAUCCAAAGUUUAUACCAGCCCUCCAAUUGACCUGAAUGUCUUGCAAGCUCGCAUUCGUCAGGAAGUUGCUCUUUUGGCGAACGAUCCAGCGAUGGUUCGACAAGCAGUUCAAGGCAUCUUUCGACGCUGUCAAACCUGCAUUGACAGAAAUGGAGGACAUGUUGAAGGCAUAGGAGCUUAAAUCUCUUUAAAUAAACACAAAUUUAUGUAAAUGUUGCUACAUAACAAUUUGUUGAUUAAUUAAAUUUGCAUUAUCUUUUGUUUGUACACCUCACUUCGAAUUCCUAUAGGCGGAAACAUUUGAUUUCGAGCAACCACUUUUAACAGACAAUUACUUGCUCAUUUUUGGUCUUAUUGAUAUAAGAACGAUAUAAUCGGAAACUUAAUAGGCUAACCUUUAUUGCCAUAUACAAAUUAUAUCGUUUACUUUAGUAUUAUAUAAACAGCAGUCAGUCAAAUUUAGAUUCGAAUUAUUUUGAUACACACUGUAGACAAAAACUUCAGCACAGCUUGAAAAAGCAUCACAAAAUUAGUAAUAUCCCAAGUUUCGUUGCGAAAUGUUGUAAAUUGCGGAUAUAACCUUGCGAAAUUUGCCGUUUUUGAGUCAUUUUGUAUUUUGCGCAUGGGAAAUUGACAGCCCAAUCGGGUGUUGGGGCAAAAUUGCAAAUUUCGCAGGGCUUUUUACAAUAUUUUCCAACGAAACUUCGGAAUAUUACUAAUAUUGUGAUGCUCUUUCAAGCUGUGAUGAAAUUUUUGUCUAGACUUGUCUAGAUAAAAAUUUUUGUUAUAAGGGGAAAGGUCCAUUAGAAAAUGUAACUGGAACAAAUAAUAAUUUAAUUUGUUUCCAUUAAUUGAUGAAAUCUACAGUAUUUGAAGUUUUCUGAAUACUAAUUUUAUGCAAUCCAGCUAGUGUUGAAUAAUUUUUUAAGAAAACAAAAAGCACGACCUGCCAAUAUUUUCUUUUCUUCAGGACUACAAUGCAAGCUGCUUCGUUGUGGAAGACAGUAUAAAAGGUAAUCUAUGACUUUUGUUUUCUGAUCCCAUAAUGAGUUCUACAUAACCAUAACAAAAUAUGUAAUUUGUUAGCGGUGAGCAUAUGAAUUAUUUUUCGUCCCUCAAAAGACAGAGGUCUUUUUAAGUAAUUUAUUUCAGAUCUGGAGAAAGCGGGCUCUCAUGAUCGUGAAGAGGAUCACUAUAACAAGAACAUACUGAGGAAUAUUUCCAAUUUUUCACACACUUGCAUGUUAUGGGGGAAUGUAAAGGAAUCAUUAUAUCAUAUAUAGUUAAGCUUUCUUAUCUGUUAUUGAGAUGUGCGUAAACACAGCCAAUUAUUAUUAUUAUUAUUAUUAUGUAAGAUCAACUUUCCCUAAAAAAACAUUCGUAAAAGACAAAUUCAGAAUCUCGGGGAGCAUUGAACAGUUUUUCCAGGUCUUGUCUCUUUUUUCUUACCUAUUAUACAGUUGCGCAAAAAAGUUGUGGAAGCUUUUAUGAGUCCGGAGAAAGAAAAAAUGGUAUUUAUACUAUCGAUCCUGAUGCCUUUGGAACAUUCCAAGUCUGGUGUGACAUGCAAAAUGGCGGAGGUUGGACCGUGUUUCAAAGACGACAGGAUGGAAGUGUAGAUUUCUAUCGUAAUUGGUCAGAUUAUAAGAUUGGGUUUGGUAACUUGAGUGGCGAAUUCUGGCUAGGGUUGGAUAAUAUACAUCGUUUGACAAAAUAUAGUCAAAGAGCUCUUAGAGUUGAUUUGAUGGAUUUUUAUGGCUCGAAAGCCUACGCCCAGUAUCAGUCUUUUUCUGUGGCAUCUGAGUCAGACAACUACACACUAAACGUUGAUGAUUUUUCAGGUAAAUAUAUAACAAUAAGCUUAUGGCAAAUAAUCUAAGUGAAACAAUGGAAUAUUCAAGCGUACUAAAUUGAUGAAAUAUGUAGUACCUAACGGAAUAGGUACAUGUUUUUGUCGUAAAGUACUGCUCCACUUUAAUUUGCAAGCAGCUUCUUUAUAAUAAAGUAGCUUAACUAAAGAAACAUACUCCGUGGAGAACAAUAUAUUGCUAGCCAAGUUCACGUGAUUGCGGACUGCUAUGCAUUUCGCACAUUUUUUAAUAGGGAAUUAGUAGUACUAUAGCAACCGAUUGACUCUCUUUUCUGCGCGGUGUGAAUUAAGUGACCGGUAGGCUCAUUAAGUAUGCAUGAAGUGUGGUGGUGGACUCAUUAUAUUAUAUAUGCAACAUGAUGGUUGACUCCAAAUGGCAAAAUGGGAUAGUGAGACCUUGAUGACGUCACUGUAUAUUUAUUAAUUUAUUUUGUAUUUAUAAGAUUGGCCAUUAGACGAUACAAACAUUCAUUUAUAACACCAAGACAAGUAAAUACGCGAUGGAAGGAACUAGCACAGAGAUUAACUUUCCAGUAACGUGGUCCCAAGUAGUAUUUAAAUAAAAUGGUUUUGAUUGACGCCGUAUUACUUGAAGUACUUGAAUAAAAUGGUUUUGAUUGACGCCAGCUAGGGAUCUUGUAAUGUCUUCAACAGAAUCAGGCAGAAUGUUCCAUACACUGGGAGCUAACUCUUAGUACGUAAUAGGUAUUUUGAUAACGGACUGUUCUGCAUUUCAUUCUAUUCAAGAAAGUUCUCUAGUUGUAUGUAGUUGUUCUAUGGCAGGAAUUCUAGGACAAAUAAUUUUUUCAGGAUUAUGAACAAUGCAUUUAAAGAGGUGGAUCUAAUCAACAUACUCGUGGCAGUAGUAAAAUGAACUAAUAAACCCGCUACCCUCGCUGAAUAUUUAAUGCUCUCACCGUCGAGGACCGCAACAAAAAUCUGGUUUGAUCAACACCUCUAUUGCGCUUAUCCUUAGAUGCGCGGCGACCUUGCACUGGUUCCGUCCAUGAUGCAUGACGUCAUGACUCAAGGAUACGAUAGAUUCACAAAUAAUAAUGAAAGAAUUAAUGAAAGGGCCUGAUGAAGAGAUAUCCGGCAAGCAUGCUCAAUGUCCAGAAAUUAAUUUAAAGCUUUCUUCAAAUAUUUUUAGGCAAUGGCGGUGAUUCAUUGAGUUAUCACAACGGAAUGAUGUUCACAACCAAAGACAGAGAUAAUGACAAAAGUGAGAACGACAACUGCGCUAUGAGACGUAAAGGUGCUUGGUGGUACAGAAAUUGUGCCUACUCUAAUCUCAAUGGUCUGCAUAUGCGUGAAAUCAAGUGGUACCAUUGGAAAAACAACAGCAAAUCAAUUAAAAAAGUUGAGAUGAAAAUACGUCCAAAACAGUCUUAG